GGGCGGCCCAUUUCCUCCUUGGAGCCGGACGGGAGGGAGACAAAGCGGCGGCCGUCGGCUUCGCGCCUCUUGCGUUCUCCUUCGCUGCCCCGCUCGCCGCAGAAAUGACUGCUGUCCACACAGGCAACAUAAACUUCAAAUGGGAUCCCAAAAGUCUAGAGAUCAGGACUCUGGCAGUUGAAAGACUAUUGGAGCCUCUUGUUACACAGGUUACAACCCUGGUAAACACUAAUAGUAAGGGGCCCUCCAAUAAAAAGAGAGGUCGCUCUAAGAAGGCCCAUGUUUUAGCUGCAUCUGUUGAACAAGCAACUGAGAAUUUUUUGGAGAAGGGGGAUAAAAUUGCAAAAGAGAGUCAGUUUCUCAAGGAGGAGCUUGUAGCUGCUGUAGAUGAUGUUCGAAAACAAGGAGAUUUGAUGAAGAGUGCUGCCGGAGAGUUUGCAGAUGAUCCUUGUUCUUCUGUGAAGCGAGGCAACAUGGUUCGGGCAGCCCGAGCUUUACUCUCUGCUGUUACCCGGCUGCUGAUUUUGGCUGACAUGGCAGAUGUCUACAAAUUACUUGUUCAGCUGAAAGUUGUGGAAGAUGGUAUCUUGAAACUGAGGAAUGCUGGUAAUGAACAAGACUUAGGAAUACAGUAUAAAGCCCUGAAACCAGAAGUAGAUAAACUGAACAUUAUGGCAGCUAAAAGACAACAGGCAUGUUAUGUAAUAAUUUGUCUCCUCAUCGAACCUCUCAUCUUUGCAAACAAUUUUAUUCCUGAAAAGGGAGUAUUCACUCAGGAACUGAAAGAUGUGGGCCAUCGUGACCAGAUGGCUGCAGCUAGAGGAAUCCUGCAGAAAAAUGUUCCAAUCCUCUAUACUGCAUCUCAGGCAUGCCUACAGCACCCUGAUGUUGCAGCCUAUAAGGCCAACCGGGACUUGAUAUACAAACAGCUGCAGCAGGCUGUCACAGGCAUUUCCAAUGCUGCCCAGGCUACUGCAUCAGACGAUACCUCUCAGCACCAGGGCACUGGAGGAGGAGAACUGGCAUACGCACUCAACAACUUUGAUAAACAAAUCAUUGUGGACCCCUUGAGCUUCAGUGAGGAGCGCUUUAGGCCUUCGCUAGAGGAACGCCUGGAAAGCAUCAUUAGUGGGGCUGCCCUGAUGGCUGAUUCAUCCUGCACGCGCGAUGACCGGCGUGAGCGAAUUGUGGCUGAGUGCAAUGCUGUCCGCCAGGCCCUGCAGGACCUACUCUCAGAGUACAUGGGCAACGCUGGACGUAAAGAAAGAAGUGAUGCACUCAAUUCUGCAAUAGAUAAAAUGACCAAGAAGACAAGGGACUUGCGUAGACAGCUCCGCAAAGCUGUCAUGGACCACGUUUCAGAUUCUUUCUUGGAAACCAACGUUCCACUUUUAGUAUUGAUUGAAGCUGCAAAGAAUGGAAAUGAAAAAGAAGUUAAGGAGUAUGCCCAAGUUUUUCGUGAACAUGCCAACAAAUUGAUUGAGGUUGCCAACUUGGCCUGUUCCAUUUCAAACAACGAAGAAGGUGUAAAGCUUGUUCGCAUGUCUGCAAGCCAAUUAGAAGCCCUCUGUCCUCAGGUUAUCAAUGCUGCAUUGGCUUUAGCAGCAAAACCACAGAGUAAACUGGCCCAAGAGAACAUGGAUCUUUUUAAAGAACAAUGGGAGAAACAAGUCCGUGUUCUCACGGAUGCUGUUGAUGACAUUACUUCCAUUGAUGACUUCUUGGCUGUUUCAGAGAAUCACAUUUUGGAAGAUGUGAAUAAGUGUGUCAUCGCUCUACAAGAGAAGGAUGUGGAUGGGCUGGACCGCACAGCUGGUGCAAUCCGAGGCCGGGCAGCCCGGGUCAUUCAUGUUGUCACCUCAGAGAUGGACAACUAUGAGCCAGGAGUCUACACAGAGAAGGUCCUAGAAGCCACCAAGCUGCUCUCCAACACAGUCAUGCCACGUUUCACCGAGCAAGUAGAAGCGGCUGUGGAAGCUCUCAGCUCAGAUCCCGCCCAGCCCAUGGAUGAGAACGAGUUUAUUGAUGCCUCCCGCCUGGUGUAUGAUGGCAUCCGUGACAUCAGGAAAGCGGUGCUGAUGAUAAGGACUCCAGAGGAAUUGGAUGACUCUGACUUCGAGACAGAAGAUUUUGAUGUCCGAAGUAGGACAAGCGUCCAAACAGAAGAUGACCAACUGAUAGCUGGCCAAAGUGCCCGGGCGAUCAUGGCUCAGCUUCCCCAGGAACAAAAAGCAAAGAUUGCAGAACAGGUGGCCAGCUUCCAGGAAGAAAAGAGCAAGCUGGAUGCUGAAGUGUCCAAAUGGGAUGACAGUGGCAACGACAUCAUUGUGCUGGCCAAGCAGAUGUGCAUGAUUAUGAUGGAGAUGACCGACUUCACCCGAGGUAAAGGACCGCUCAAAAAUACAUCAGAUGUGAUCAGUGCUGCCAAGAAAAUUGCCGAGGCAGGAUCAAGGAUGGAUAAGCUUGGACGAACCAUUGCAGAUCAUUGCCCAGACUCGGCCUGCAAACAGGACCUGCUGGCCUACCUGCAGCGUAUCGCCCUUUACUGCCACCAGCUUAACAUCUGCAGCAAAGUCAAGGCUGAGGUACAGAACCUUGGAGGAGAGCUUGUUGUUUCCGGGGUGGACAGCGCCAUGUCUCUGAUCCAGGCAGCCAAGAACUUGAUGAACGCUGUGGUGCAGACAGUGAAGGCCUCCUACGUGGCCUCCACCAAAUACCAGAAGUCUCAGGGCAUGGCUUCCCUCAACCUCCCUGCUGUGUCGUGGAAGAUGAAGGCACCUGAGAAGAAGCCCUUGGUGAAGAGGGAGAAGCAGGACGAGACGCAGACCAAGAUUAAGCGAGCGUCUCAGAAGAAGCACGUGAACCCUGUGCAAGCCCUUAGCGAGUUCAAAGCCAUGGACAGCAUCUAAGCCUGCUGCCACACCCCCACCCAGGGCUCCAUCACCGCUCUUCACUCAAAUGUAUUUGUUAAGUAGAAAACAGCAAAAUAGAUUUUGAACCCAGCCACGUGAUGAAUUUUUCAAGGCCAUCAAAAUUAUCAAAAAAUACUUACAGAAAUCAGAAGCUUUUCUAGCUAUAUUUUUAUAAGCUGAAAUAAAAAUUCUGUAACCAAAGAGAAUCCCACAUUAACUGUGACACUCUUGAGUAGGUUAGGUUCUCUAGUGGGGAUGAGAGUUUGAGGAGAGAGCUCCCUUCCUGUACCUGGCUUGUGGAGAGAGUGAGUAGCAUGGGCAUCUUAGGAAGCAGUCUCUGAGAAGGAAUGUACCAGAAAGCUCUUCUGAGGACAGAGACCAUAUGAAACCAUAAAGCAAUGUAUCAUGAAGAAAACUGAUUUCUCCCUUUGUGAAAUGAAAUGGGGAUCAUAAUGCAUGGCUACAAUUACUAAUGUACUCUGCUGCAGGACAUUAAUAAAGUUGCUUUUUUGGGGCUAGAAUGUUGUGAUCAGAAGAUGCUUUUUUCCCUUCCAGCUCUAAAUGCAAAUUCAUCAUUGGCUCACUUCUAAUAAUUGCAGUGUUUCCUGCCUUGGGCUCCCAACAGAAGCCUGCCAGAAUAGUGUUUGCUUAGGCAAUAAUUUAGACUUUACAUUAUUUGUGAUUACUAUUGCAAUUACUAGAGUUGAUAGGUAUAAUUUUACUGUUAGUUAUUUAAAUUUGAUGAAUUUCAAUGUUUUUUACACUAACUAACUUUUCCCAAUAAAGUCCACUAUGAAACCAAGUCUAAGAGGCCAAAGUCGUUUUCUUUGCUUUUGAAAGAGUCACCAUAGCCAGGCUUGGUGAUGCAGGCAAUCCCAGCUACUCGGGAGACAGACAGGAGGACUGCAAGUUUGACAACAGCCCAGAUGAGACGAGACAUUGUCUCAAAAUGCACAAAAGGGCUGAGGUAGUGUGUAUGCCUAAGGCCCUGGGUUCAAUCCUCAAUUGUGAGGGAAAAAAAAGGUCUGGACUUGCCACAGUGUCUGCCUUGCUCUUGGGCUCUCCUCAGUGUCCUCUUCUCCUACGACAGUUGUUCACUAAGAGAGACUAUGCAUACAGAGCCAUGACCUGUCGAAUGCCCUGACCUCCACCUUCACCUUGAAAAUUCACAUGUCCAUUCUCAGGGCACUCUACCACUUGAGCCACUCCACCAGCUCAUUCUCAAGGUUCAAGUGUAAAUCUUGGGGACAUUCCUGGCUUUUUGAUCUGCAUCUUUCCUAUCAGCACUCAGCCAUGACAAAAUGGUUGCCUUAGAAAUAAAAACCCUCCUUAGCCAACAAACAUCCCCAUCUCAGGCAAAGCCAUAGUCAUUGUCACUUUCCUGACUUCUCUCUGCCUUUCCAGUCAGCACUCAUCUUGCCCACUCCUUGUCCAGCCUUCCGUACUGCCAAACACUCUUUCCUGAAUGUGCCUUGCUCUGGUGUUCUGCCUUCCUUUCCUGUAUGUUGGUGUGCUGACAUGUGAGUACCUGGAUCUUCUCUGUGCUUAGUCUUCUGAUUGCAAAUGAUCUCCUGGUCCAAGUGCUGGCUUGUCCCUGUCUCCUUACUCUCUCUCCACGUGGGUGCUGGGCCUGUCUAAAGUGCUCUUGCCGUCUCUGUUCUCUACCAUUCAUACCCAAAGUCCUUCUCCCUGCUGUUUUCCCUACCUCAGUGGUUGACACUACCAGUUGCCUCAUUUUUCUGGCCAAAUACCAAGAAAUAAAAGCUCUAUCUUUAAAACUUAUACAAGGUCUCACCACCUGCCACCACCUCCAUUUACCAUUAACUGGCCUAAAGCCACUAUGGAAUUAGUUGUCUCUAACUAGCAAAUUGCCCACAAACUCAGCAGCUUAAAUAACAAACAUUUCCUACUUCAGUUUUUCAGUAGUUCAAACUGAAGACUUCAUACUUGUUAGGCAAGGCUUCUCUACCACAUGAGCCAUGCCUCCAGUACUUUUUGUGCUGGGUAAUUUAGAAACAGUCUCACUUUUGCAUAGGACAGCCUGGACUCCUAUUGCCUAUUAUUUUAAGCUUCCUGCCAUGAUAGGUGUGUGCCACUGUA